AUGGAGUCGUUUUCCUGUAACAUUGCAACAAAAGUGCUGGAAAGGCUUUCUUCCCGUGGGCACAAAGAAAUUCACUUGUCGAAAGAUGUCAAAGGUGAGCUCCAUGAAACCUUAUCAACCAUCACAAAGGUGCUCCAGUAUGCAGAGGAAAACCAGAGGUCAAAUCCCCUCUUGCUCGCUGACUGUUUCAGAAAGCUCCAAGAUGUUUGCUAUGACAUGGAUGAUGUUCUAGACGAAUACGAAUACAAGAAGUUGCGGAUGCAAAUGCUCAAACCUAAAGGUAGCGUGAAAGAAAAGGUACACAACUUGUUUUCAAUUCCAAAUUCUGUCAUGUCAAGCUACAAAAUGAGUCACAGAAUAAAAAAUAUGAGAAAAAGGUUAGGUGAGAUUGCAGCCGCAAAACCUCAGUUCAAUCUGUCUGAACGAGCUGCAUAUUGGCAUGACAUGCACAUGGAGAGGAAGACCAGCUCUUUCGUGCACUCCACAAAUGUGAUUGGGAGAGAUAACGAUAAAGAAGAGAUGCUCACCCAUCUUCUUAAGGACACUUACACUGGUGAAGGUGAUGAUGACGAGGAGAAUGUUUCCAUUAUUUCCAUUAAUGGAUUAGGAGGCUUGGGAAAGACCACGCUCGCUAAAUUAGUGUACAAUGAUGAUAGGGUAGUAGCAAAUUUUAAUUUGAGAAUUUGGAUUUGUGUCUCAAAUGAUUUUGACAAUGAAAGAUUGCUCCGAGAAAUUGUCAGGGCUGCAACUAAAGAAACAUGUAAAGAUGAAAGCAUUGAAGAGAUGCAAAUGAAGCUGCAGCACACUUUGAAAAACAAGAAACUUUUAUUGGUGUUGGAUGAUGUUUGGGAUAAAGAGCCAAUGGGAAUUACGUUUGAAAAAUGGAUUGAUUUCAAGUGUUUGUUAAAGAUUGAAGCCAAUGGAAAAGAGGGAAACCAUCCCAAGUUGAUGAAAAUUGGGGAAGAUAUUGUGAAGAAGUGUGGAGGGGUUCCUCUUGCCUUGUACACCAUAGGGGGCCUCCUCAAAUCGAACAAGGAUGAGAGUUAUUGGUCACAUGUUAGAGACACUGACAUAUGGAAAUUGGAACAGGAAAGCAAGAGCAUUUUAACUGCACUCAAGUUAAGCUAUGAUGCGUUGCCGGUCUACUUGAAACCUUGUUUUGCCUUUUGUUCACUUUUUCCAAAGGAUUACAUAUUUAGAAGCGAAGACUUGAUUCCGUUGUGGAUGGCUCAAGGCUUUGUUCAAUCCUCCCAAGAACAUGGAAACCAAGAGCUUGAAGAUAUUGGUAUGCACUACAUAAGGCAACUAUGUUCUACGUAUUUCUUCCAGAUCGUGGAAUAUGAUUCCACUUUUAUAGUAUUUAAAAUACACGAUCUAGUUCAUGAUUUAGCAAUCUCAAUGGCACAGGUAGAAUACUCGUCUUUGAAUUUUCGUCCCUCUUAUUCUUCUAAGAUGGUUCGACAUGUGUCAAUAUCUCAGAGGGACUUGUCCAAGGAAAAAGAAGAAGACCCAGAAUUCUUACUCGGUUUUGAGAAAUUGAGAACCAUUAUAAUUUCAGAUUUGGACAGUGAAUAUGUUCCUAUAGAAGUUGGGGUCAACAAUCUAUCUUUUUUACAGAGAUGCAUCUCAAGGCUCAACUUCCUACGGGUGCUAAAUCUUAGUAACUUGACUAUUAAGGUGCUGCCAAGUUCCAUCGGCAACUUGAGACACUUGAGAUAUCUCGACUUGUCAUUUAAUCGGCAUAUAAGUAAGCUUCCCGAUUCUAUUUGCAAGCUGCAUCAUUUGCAAUCCUUGGUGCUUGCAUAUUGUGAAAAACUCCAGGAGUUGCCAAAAGACAUGGGAAACCUAAUCAGCCUCAGGGAUGGGAUCCCUCACUAA